CGCUCGUUUACUGUAAUAAAAAUGGUAAUUGAGUCAGACGACAGUUUUCCAGCGAGACAGUUAUUUACGCACUCCAGUAACUGUUCAACAGAUAAAGCACUCCUCACCAAAAUAAGGCAACAAGAAGCUGAAAAUGCCAUGAGAUUAUCAGCCGAACGAUUGAGAAGGAUGUACGACUUUAAUACUGACCACGUCAUACAUGAUUAUACGUCGAAUACACCAUCAUACAUAUCUGAUCAUUCACACACCAAAGAGAUGUCAAAAAACUUGCCAAAAAGUUUUUCAACACCGACAAUUAAAGUUAAUAACAAUGAGAAUGAGAAUAGUCGUUCAUGUGACCAAUGGCAAUGGGAGAUCAUCAGUACAGAAAAUCAAUAUAUACCGACAUUUUAUUUGAGUAAACAAUACUAUUCGGAUAGUUGCAUUACAGCAACUUCGUAUGGAAGUACCCCAGCUCUCCAAACACCGAUGAAACAAAAGAGUUGUACGAAAACAGGGAAAGACAAGAAGGAAAUGGGUGAACUACUGGUCUCACAACAUAGGAAAUUGUUAAAAACAAAUGCAGAUGUUUCAAAGAAGAAUAAAUACAUACCAACUAGAAUUAAUACAUGGAAUUUACCAGUGAAAAAAUGGUCUCACAAUUUUAUUCGCAGCGUGAAACACGCACCUGCAAAUCAUAUUUUGGGCCGAUCAUAUUCACUUACAAAGUUAAAUAGCUUAACAGUAAACAAAACGACUGCAUCGAACUCGAAUUUUUCACACAGAACAAUAAAUUCACUUGAGGAUUUACUGGUUGAUGACUCUACCGCCGUUAAUUCCCACGUAAAAUAUGGAAUGAAUAAACAUGAAUCAAUGAAAAAUAGAAAAUUUACCUAUGCUACUAAGAAAUAUAGACAAACGACGUUACUGGAAAUCCUUCCCAAAUGGCGUGAGCAAGCGGAGAAAUUACAUUUACUGAAAUAAACAAUAACGUUGCUUCCUUGAUAUAUACAUACAUAUUGAGCGAACAGUAAUAAUACAUUUUUUUUCAAAUAAUCAAUCAAUUGGCUGGAUUUUGUUACUGAAUGUGAUGCAGCGUCUCCAAUACACACACUAACACAAAUGUCUUUCAAUAUGUUCAAUGUUUAAAAAAAAUAAUUGUUUUAAUUAUCCAUAAUAUACUGAUGGCUAGAGCAAAUGAACAGAAACUGAUUACGAUAGUGUAUUAUUUGUUAGAUAUUCACUUGUUUCAUUUGUUUCAAUACACAAAAACUGUAACUAUUUUUUUUUCAUAUUGUCAAGAUAAACUUUGAUUAUACAAAUAUGUUUAUCCCCUCCCCAUGCAGUUAUUGACACAAUAUACUGAGAUCUUAUUCUUUUCAUGUACAUAAUUGAAACUAUUCAUAUUUUGUUGAAUUUACCUGUAUAAUAUUUUGUUAAUUAUCUAAAGAAACUUUAAAUAAACCGUUAUUUUUUCAAAA